ACUCGCUGCAAACAUGGCGGCCGCUGUCACUAGAGUCUUGUCCUUCAGUAAAAAUCUUAAGGUGUUUGUUUCUCCUUUGAGGCUUUCUGCUGUGCCUGCACACCGUUACAGCGUGGAGGUUUCCACCACUGGUGAGCGCAUCACACACACUGGACAGGUUUUUGAUGCAAAAGACCCAAGGAGGGCCAGAUUUGUUGGCAGACAGAAAGAGGUGACUAAUAACUGGGGCAUCAAGUUAGUGGCUGAGGAGGGUGUGACUGACGUCGAGGCCCAUGUGGUGUCCUGUGAUGGUGGCGGUGGAGCACUCGGUCACCCAAAAGUCUACAUCAACUUGGAUAAAGAUACUAAAGUGGGCACGUGUGGCUACUGUGGAUUACAGUUCAAGCAGAAGCAUCAUCACUGAAUCCAUCCCUGUCCCUUUGCUUCACUGUAUAACUUGCAAUAUUGGUUAAUAAAUUAUAAUCUACGUA